GCACAGGACUUGGGUGCUCCAAAGCUUCAAAAGAUGAUGGGAAAAGAUAUCGGUUGGUUGGAGAGGGCAAGAACCAGCGAGUCAAAAGGCGCCCACAGCUAUAGAAAUGCGCCACCAACUUUGCUUUUACCAUCCCCAAACCACUGCUAAGCCAAACAUUUCCUACUCUCGCUUGCUCUCUUCCAUUCUCCCCUUUACUUUUCUAUAUCUACUACAUUUACCAGUUACCACCUUAGCUUUCGACAUCCCACGAGCUCGCUCACCCACCCACCCACCCACCUCCUCUCCUUUCUUUUUUAUUAUCCUUCUCUCUGCAACUCCAUUUCUAAUCAUUUUAUCCCCUUCUAUAUCCUACGCACAAGUAAAUUAGAUACCAUCCUCUUCUCCUCUUCCUUUUUAUUCUUCAAAGCAAGAUCCCAUGGCUCUCGAGUCAUGGCUAACCAAAGUAAGGUCUGCCAUCUCGACCGGCCUCGACUCGGUCCGGUCGACGAUGAACGCCACUGACGCCAUUGCCAUCAUCGCCCGCAAGAAGGCCACUGUGGGCAUCCUCGCCUUUGAGAUCGCCAGCCUCAUGUCGAAGCUCCUCCAUCUAUGGCGCUCGCUCUCCGAUGCGCAGAUCGCCCGCGUCCGCCAUGAGACCAUCGCGUUGCAGGGAAUCCGCAAGAUCGUCUCCGAUGACGACUCCUUCCUCCUCGGCCUCGCAUGCGCCGAGCUCACCGACACGCUCCGCCUCGUCGCCAACUCCGCCUCCACCACCUUAAGCAAGCGCUGCGCCGAUCCCUGCCUACGUGAAUUCCACCAGAUGUUCAAGGAAUUCUCCGAAUCUGGCCACGACCCGCACCGGUGGGUGAUGAGCUGGAAGGAGAUGGAAAGCAAAGCCAAGAAGAUGGAUCGCUACGUCUCAUCCACCGCUGCUUUAUACAAAGAGAUGGACGAGCUCUCAGAGGCUGAGCACGGGCUGCGGAAGCUCCUGCAGUGUGGCGGGGGAUGCAACAAGAACAUCCCAGCAAGCAAGAUCGCGGCCAUUGCUGAACUCCAGCAAAAAAUCUUCUGGCAGCGGCAGGAGGUCAAGUAUUUGAAGCAGACCUCCCUGUGGAGCUGCAGCUUUGACGCCAUCGUCUCGCUGCUCGCCCGAUCGUCGUUCACAGUGCUCGCAAGAAUCAAACAAGUAUUCGGAUUUGAGUUUUAUCCCCUCCCUCGCAGCCUCUCCAUAUCGGCUACCGUGUAUCCAUCUUCCGACACGCCGCCGCCGCCGCCGGCGGCAUCGCCGUCAAAGAAGAGGCAGCGGUGCAGGUUCUUCGAGUCGAAUUCAGCGGUGCUGGUGCCGCCACCGGAAACUUUGGGAGCAGCGGCGCUCGCAUUGCAUUACGCAAAUCUGAUUAUAGUGAUCGAGAAGAUGAUCCGGUCACCGUGGGCGGUCGGGCCGACUGCGAGGGAUGAUUUGUACAGCAUGCUGCCGGGAAGCGUGAGGGGGAUUCUGCGGCGGCGGCUGAGGGGGGUGGGGGAGUGGGGGGCGGCGUCGGAUGCGGGGCUGGCGGCAGAGUGGCGGGCGGCGCUGGCGAGGAUCAGUGAGUGGCUAGGGCCGGUGGCGCACAACACGGUGCGGUGGCAGGGUGAGCGGAGCUUCGAGGGACGACGGAGCGCGGGGGCGGCGCCCCGGAACGGCGUGCUCCUACUCCAGACACUCUUCUUCGCCAACCGUGAGAAGGUGGAGGCCGCCAUCGCCGAGCUCCUCGUCGGCCUCAACUACGUGUGGAGGUUUGAGAGGGAGAUGGCCGCCCGGGCGGCGUUGAUGCACAUGGAUUCCCAAGACGACAAGUAGUGCUUGGAAUUCCAAGGCAUAUGUCCUUCUGUCUUCUUCUUCUUUUUACCACGAUUUUCUCUUUUCUUUCUUCCAUUUUCUCCUUUUAUGCUAUUCAACAUCUAAAGCCGCAAGAUCUUGAUCGGCUGUUGGGUUAUCAUGUACAAAGCCACAUUAAAAUCCCUCCUCAUGUACGUGCUGCAUGUAAUCUUCUAACUAACGUACAGCUUUUUUUUCUUUUUUCUUUCUCCCCUCGA